AUGGAUAGGAUUAAAGCAAAGGGAAAGAAGCUGGCUGUCACUAACCAAAAUGAUCCAAGAAGUGCUGAGGAAGAAAAAACCCGUGUACAGAAGAGAAGGGACAGGCCUCAGAAAUUACUUAAUGAUGACAGAGAAAUGAUGUCCAUUACAUUGGGUACUGGUAAUAAGACAUGUACAGACGAUGUUUAUUGCUUUGGGAAGGUUUUGCUUGAGUUGGUAACAGGCAAACUGGGAAUAAGUGCAUCCGGUGAUGCCAAUCUUGACUUGUUGCAAAGUACACUCCUUCAGAUCAAUAUAUAUGAUAAAGAACCGGUAAUAAACAUUGUGGAUCCAUCAGUAAUCAUAGAUGAGGAUCUGUUGGAGGAAGUUUGGGCGGUGGCUAUUGUUGCUAAAUCUUACCUCAAUCCGAACCCUUAA